AUGGAUAUUUAUGGAUACGCUGCAUAUCAGUAUAAUCAGUCAGAUGAACUGGCGACGCAAAUGUUUGCUCAACAAGCUCUUGCUUCCUCAGUACAAUAUCCCGAUUCCCAUCGUGCCAUACCAGGACAAGAUGUGCACACGAUGCCAGUCCCCACGGGAACGCCGUGGAACGUUCAAAGUCUACCAUGGAGCUUGCAAUCUCCUCCUAACCUUGUCCACUUUACAGCGCAAAUGGAUAAGCCACUGUUACAUUGUAAGAGAAAAAGUACAGAUUUGGAACCCGUAAUACCCUCAAAGCAAUUAAUAACAGAGGAAAAAAUGGCAGCCCAUUUGAACAGUCUUCACAUAUCGGCUGAUUAUACACAGCAUUCACUGGCAUCUGAAGAUGUUAUGGAACUGGCUGUAGACCCUGUAUCUAUCUCUGAAAGAUUAAAAGGACAUAGAAUUGUGCUCUCUGAGGAUCUUAAGAAGUUGAAAGAUGAGCCUUUGUUACCCCCAACACUAAUUGAAAGCAUUCAAAAACCCCAAAUGUCCCUAGUGGUUUGGAAGCCUCGUGAAGAAAUCCUUAAAGGUACGGACGAAAAAUCAGAACAAGAUGAAGAAUUCAAAAGAAGAAAUGGUGUUCUUGUGCCACCAGAACCUUCAGGAAUGGAUGUUGAAAUGUGA